AGGGGCGUGGAGGCGGGGACUCGCAAGUCUCGAUCCUCACCCCGGAACCGCGGCGAGAUCACCUCAGUGUGACGGCAAAGCGUACUGCGAGAGGACGUGCAAUUGUUGCUACUCCACACCAUCGGUUGGUUACCUGUACACCUCCCUUGCUCUGCUGAGUGAAAUGUUGCCGCGGAUAUUGCUUGUGGCCGGAGUGGUGGUGGCGGUUGUGGCGGCGCCUUUAGAGGAGACAGGCCGAGAUGGCUCCAAGCUGCCUGCCGAGCACCGCCAUCCUGCCACCCAGACGCCCCAUCCCAUUGAGGACAUCGUGGAAGCAGUCUUAACAUCGGAGACAGUGAAUGCAAUGGAUGAGGCGGCAGCCAAGAUGACCACCGCCUUUGGUGAAAUCAUUGAUGACCUGGGAGACUUCGUGGUGGCGAGAGUGAAGGAUCUGCCAGAUACCAUCAAACAGGUGUCCGAUACUGUCAGCAAAGCAGUGAACGAUGGCGGCGAGCAGGUCGUGAUUGUGGUGAAGGGCGUGAGGAACAGGGUACAGAACCACACCGCCUCGGCUGGCACCACUAUGGUCAAGACUGUGGACAGAGUCGCCACCGCUGCCAACUCCUCCAGGACGGUGGCCAGCCUGCAAGAUCUCCACCAACGCAUGGCUGUGUCAUUCAGCCGUAUCCUGGGCUCACUCUUCUAUAACAUGGAUGAAAUUGACACAGCGGUAGCUGACGGCAUCAGGCGCAUUACAUCAGUGAACCUGCCACCCGUGGACUCUGAAAGCAUCCACCACCCACCGUCACAGCAGAAUGAGGUCGAAACUCUAUCCUAAAUCUGGGACUGUGAGGGCUGCGCAGCAGCUCUAUAUUUGUGUGUCAACCGGGCGAAAGUUGCCUCUGUUACUCAGAGUGAAUGAAGUCUUUAAAAUUUGAACUACGUAUUUAUCAUACUAACGUUAACAACAGUUUAAAAAAACCUGUAUGGAUUUUAGCUUCUCUCUCUCUCUCUCUCCUUUUACACAAGGGGGAGUCACAAUCAUAACCAAGGUGUAUAGAAGGUAAAUUCAACAUAUUAUAUACUACAUCAUAAUCGUACCUAAAGGAACUUUCUUUCCUCAAAAACAUGCUGCAGAUUAUGCAUUGACCACUUUGAGGAGUCUUAUGCAUACCAUUCUCUUGAAUAAGCUUGAGUAGAUUAUGUCCAAUUAGCCUCUUUUCUUCAUCUUAGUGAUAAGUAAAAGUAGUGAGACCAUGGCAGAAAGGGAUAUCAAAAAUUUGUCUAUGUCUGUUGAUCACGUCUACUGUAUACACACAAGUAACUACCAGUAUGCAAUGCAGUUGAGAACAGGGCACCUCUGUGCUAUCUAGAACAGUACACCUGUAAAGAGUGGUUGCACUAAGAUUACUGGGUGCUUCAUUGGACAUGCUCAAAAAACUACUAAAGCACAUUAUGAACAUUAUUAUCAUUGCCAUAUGAGCACAACUGUCCAGGAAAGUAUCCAGCAUUCAGCAAUAUGCAAGUCACUAAAAUGGAGUAAAGUUACUGUCUCUUCUCUAGGCUUUGGCUUGAGGUGAACUGACCAAAAAGUCUUUCCUGUCAUUAACCAAUAUAGAAAUCCUAAACUAUAAAUUUUCUAGGUAUUUGUGAGGGUUUUCUUUUACUAUAUAGGUUGACAAUCAAUGAUGCACAUAGACAUGUCUCACAAUGCCACCUUACCAGUCCUUCCAGUGUAAACUCGCUACUAAAGUAUUUUGGCAAUUGGUGCCAGUCUCUAAUCUACAAGUUUAUAUAAACUAAGUCUAAAAUCAGAAAAAAGCAUGUCUUAAAUGUACGUACUAUUAUAAUUUUUGUAAUGAAUGCCCUUUGGGUUAGUUAGCAGGGCCAUGCCAGGCCUUAGCAGGCUAAGGCUUAUAGUUAUGCACUGAGUUCCUGGACUCAUGAAGUUCGUUUCAAGAAAAUUGAUGUAGUACAUAUACGUACAUAUAUGAUUAUUUAUUUACACAGUGCAAGGUCCUACAAAGCUUGGAACUCAGGGCAUGUGUGAAGGAUGCCCUGGGGGUAGCAUGUCCCUGGAUUAUGUGUUGAAUGUCUGAAUAAAUGUGUUGUAAGUAA